GAAAUAUUUUUUUAUUUUUAGGCCUCCCAUUGUAAUAGAUCCAGCAAAUCCAACCAUAAAUCUUUGCAGGGAUUGUAAUGCAUGGAGUGAAAUUACUCGGGGUGCUGAUCAAACUCUCAAAACACCUUUGCUCAAAAACAUUGCUUCACCUAAAAGUGUCUGGAAUUGAAAGGAUUUUUUAAUAAAAGCGUUUUGUUUGUGUCUCAAUUUUUCUUCAUUCUCUCUUUAUCCUGCAUGUGGCGACAUGGACAAUUCACUUCAUGAAAAUUUUCUUGAAUCAUUGUGAAUAUAGACAUUAUUGGUGGUUUGCAUGUUACGUCACGGCCGCCAUCUUAGUAGUGAAAUAAAAACAAUAUUUUAUAAAUGCCUUUGUGGGCACCAACCGUCGUGAACAAGCCAUAUUUUUGAUAAUUUCGCGGAGACUAGUUGCAAUUAAAGAAUUUGUCCGGUUUUCCACGUUGAAAACAAACUGUAUUACAAUGUGCACAAUUAUCAAUUACUACAGUGACGUCACACUGUUGGUACAACAUUGUUGUCCACAAUAUCACCAUAUAUAUAAUUACAUAUUUUAUAUUAAUGACAUAAAUUUUAUUAAAUUACGCCAUAUUAAUCUGUACUUCAGUUCUAGUUAAAAAUGGGUGUUAUCAAGCAAGUUCUGGUUAUUGCAUUUUCUGCCUGGCUUUUGUUGAGAAUUAUUGCACUCAAUAGAUCAUUACGCAUAGGGAGAUUUGGUCUAUCUUUUUACAAUCAUAAUCCUGGACCAUGUAAAAUAUUUCACGUUAAUGGCUCAGAAGACAUAGUUCUUCUACCGAACGGCCUAGCGAUAUUUUCGUCGGGCCUUGAUUUCACCCUCAGUCCUAUUGGUCCUGACCCCGCUAUGAAGAAUUUUGUAGGAAUGCUUUACAGCUUUGAUAUAAAUAAUCCUGAUCACUCGCCUCAACCAUUAAAAUUUGAUAAUUUUCAUUCUAAAUUUGCACCUCAUGGUAUCGAUUUAUAUAUUGAUCCACAAAGUGGGGAAGUGAGUUUGUUUGUAGUAAACCAUGGAAAUGAUAAUCAAACCAUAGAAAUUUUUAUGUUGGAUAUGACAAAUAUGGUUUUGAAACAUAAAAGAACCGUGUUUGAUGAAAAAAUAUAUUCUCCCAAUGAUCUUGUUGCAGUUGGACCAGAAAGUUUUUAUGUGACAAAUGAUCGCUAUUUUAUUAAUACUUGGCUUUUGGUUGUUGAAACAACUUAUCCAUUGAAGCUUUGUAGUGUUGUUUACUAUGAUGGAAAACAAUCAAAAUUUGUUGCCAGCAAUUUAAAUUUCGCCAAUGGGAUCAAUAUGGAUUUAAGUGAAAAAUAUAUAUUUGUGGCAAGUGGAUCUGAUGGUGAGGUGAUUGUGUUUGAAAGAGACAUCAAUAACAAUCUUCUAAAACGUCAGCAUAUCCAAGUUGGUGCUCUUUUAGAUAAUAUAAAUGUUGAUGAAGAGGGCCAUUUAUGGCUUGGUGUUGCUCAUUUUGACGUUGUUGCAUAUAGUUCAAAUUUCACCCGACCAUGUCCUGGUGCUGUACUUCAAGUUAGACUAAGUAAAUCUGGCAAUCCUGAAGUUCCAUUUAAUGUUGAUGAUAUUCGUGAAGUUUUUGGUAAUGAUGGUAAAGGCCAGGUUAAAUGUGUUUCUAGUGGUUUGUUUUAUCGUGGUAAAAUGCUUGUUGGCAAUCCAUUCUCGAAUGUUAUGUAUUGUAAAGUAAAUGAAUUUUAGAAUCAAUGAAUAGGAAUUACUUUAAGUUAGAAUUACAUUUUGGGUAGAAUUAGCACCAUUUAAAAAUGAAUUUUUCAUUAUUUAAAAGGAUAUUUAACAAAUUAUGUAUUACAUAGUUUUCAACAACUAUUUACAAUUUCCAUUGAAUGAAAAUAAAUGUACGUAUGAUUGUUUGUAAUAAUAUUUUUUUGUUUCCA